UAAAUACAUGCAUGACCUGAAUCAAAACAUAACUUCCCAUAAGAAGAAGAGAGAGAGAGAGACAGAGAAAGAAAAUAUGGAGAGUUCAUUUGAGUGUGGAAGAAACACCAAAGAUGUUUCUCUUCAUGAACUUAGAGAUAGGCUUCAAGAGUUUGCUGAAAUAAGAGGUUGGGAGCAAUAUCAUAGUCCUAGAAACCUCCUUUUAGCCCUAGUUGGAGAGGUUGGAGAGCUCUCAGAAAUAUUCCAAUGGAAAGGAGAGGUUGCGAAAGGGCUGCCCAAUUGGAGUUCAGAUGAUAAGGAACAUCUUGAAGAAGAGCUUUCUGAUGUUCUGCUCUAUCUUAUUCGUCUUGCUGAUGUUUGUGGGCUUGAUCUUGGUCAGGCAGCUUUGACAAAGAUUGUUAAAAAUGCUAGGAAAUACCCUGUUGGUAAUUGAAUUACUUAGACAAAUUAUAUCAAGUUUUGUAACCUCCUUUCUUCUUAGGUGUUUUCGCAUUUUAAUGGGUUUUAUUCUAUUUAAGACUAAUUAUGUAUGAACUCCUUUUAGUAUAUAUUCAAAAAAUAAAACUAAUUAAUCAAU